UUCUCUGUCACAUGUGCAUAAGCUGUAACGACCUCUUACGUCUUAUUGGCGGAUAGGACAUCCAUGUAAAGGUCGACCUUGAAAACCUUGCAUAUAUAGAUAAUAACUGAUAGACUCUGAUACAAGGACACUCUUGAGGGAACUCUAAGCUAAGAUCAUGAAGAACGCUCAACAAUUACCACUGCUUCUUAUCGGCAUUAUAGUCAUGGUAGCAUUCUUCUCUGUUGAAGCGCUGCCGCAUAUGCAUGGGGGACGAGGUAGAUAUCCGGGCUAUAUGUCUGGCGGAGGCGGUAGCUCUAUGUAUACCGGCUAUCCGGGCUAUGGCAGUGGAGGCGGUAGCUAUAUGUCUACCGGCUAUCCGGGCUAUGGCAGUGGAGGCGGUGGCCGUAUGUAUACCGGCUAUCCGGGCUAUGGCAGUGGAGGCGGUAGCUAUAUGUAUACCGGAUAUCCGGGCUAUGGCAGUGGAGGUGGAGGCCGUAUGUAUACCGGCUAUCCGGGCUAUGGCAGUGGAGGCGGCGGCCAUAUGUAUACCGGCUAUUCGGGUUAUGGUAGUGGAGGUGGAGGCCGUACGUAUACCGGCUAUCCGGGCUAUGGCAGUGAAGGCGGAGAUCAUAUGUAUACCGGCUAUCCGGGCUAUGGCAGUGGAGGCGGAGGCCAUAUGUAUACCGGCUAUUCGGGCUAUGGCAGUGGAGGCGGAGGCCAUAUGUAUACCGGCUAUUCGGGCUAUGGCAGUGGAGGCGGAGGCCAUAUGUAUUCCGGCUAUCCGGGCUAUGGCAGUGGAGGCGGAGGCCAUAUGUAUACCGGCUAUAUGUCUGGCGGAGUCGGUGGAGGCGGAGGCCAUAUGUAUCACGGGUAUCCAGGUAGGCGCAUGUCUUACGGCUAUUCACGUAGACCAUACCAUGGGUACGGAGGUAGAUACGCAUACUGAGACUGGCAAUUCAACUGGAAACAAUUGAUGCUUCUGUUUGUUGUGGGCCUACUUGACCAAGUAAAAGCAGAGUCUUCUCCUUGAUUUGGUAAAAAGUCGGGAUUUUGACAGUAUCUAAGAAACCUAUUGAUGGUUCUUCAUGAAACUUUACACAAAUGUUGAUCAAUGUAGGAUGGUAGUGCACAGUCAAUCUCGUUAGGAUUUAGUGCUUAUUUAGAUGUAUAUACAUUAUUUGGCCAAAACAUAAAACGUAGCAGUUCUCAUGUAUAUUAUCAAGCAGUAACCAGAAUUUACCAGAGUUAUUGCCUGUCAGGAUACGAGUUAUAUGACCCAGGGAAGUGCCUACGCCUUUAGUAUCUUGAACAAUGGUUUGGGUCCAAUCGCUAAGGUGACUAUGUCAUAGACUAGCUGUCAAACGAUGUAGAAUGUCCUUUGUUAAAACGUAGAGCUGGUGAGACCAAAUGUCUCAUGUAUAGAAUAUUCUUCUGGCUACCUUGUCUAAAUGAUUCGUGUACCAAUGAUUCGUAAAUUAUUUGUAUUAGGAGCUUAAUAAUUUCAGGGAUCAGGCAAAUCACUAAAUGUUUCAAAUCAACAAUCUUCAAUUAAUAACAAAAAGCUCAAACUCCUACAGGCUGGAGACUCUAUACUUGACUGGUCUUUUUGUUGAAGUAUCCGUCAGACAAUGUCUUUGAAUCAACAACAUACCAGUCCUACCACAUAGAUGCUCGGCCUCUGUCCUCUUAAUUGAAGUUUAUAACUCUAUAUGAAUGCCCUGACUCCUGGAAUGCUCAGCGCAUAUAUGCUAUCAUAUGUAGCAUUCAACUACCAUAUAGGUAUAUCCCCGAUGCCUUGGCUGUACUUCGCCAAUAACGCUGAACCGUCUAUAAGCUGGAACUCUCCUACUCUCAGUAGAUUACCAAACUCUGGGUCUCUGUCUCAGCUUUCCGAUGCUCAGCCUAUAUUUGCUAUAGUCUAUAGCAUUCAACUACCAUAAAGGUAAAACUCCUAUGCGCUGGCCCUAUAGCUCGAAACCUUGCUGAAAUUCUGCAACUCUUCUUUAGUCUAUGAACUUCAGACGUCUUCUUUUUUCAUAACUUAUCCGCCCUCACAGGCUAGUUGCAAUAGUCCUGUUCAAUAAGGGUUGUUAUCACCCCUGAUUUAUUACCCUCCUUGUGAACUCUUCAGUGCCAAAAGAUAAGAUCAGCAUACAUCCAAAAUAUUUGGGAGCAAGCAUGAUUAACUGAAUUUGCAUAUGUUACAAAUUUCUGAUUACAAUCUGUUGACAGAAAUUGAAUACUUAUCAUGUCUAUUUAAUAAAUUAUAAAAAUGUAAACAGCAUGUCAUCUAGUCUGAUCUUGCAUUAUCAAUUAUGCGAGAAAUUCUGUUACUUCGAUUACAUUAUUAAUUAAUUGGAAUCAUGAGUGACCUGAUAUUCUAGUUUAUGCAGGAUCUGAAACGAAAUUCUAAUCCUUACUGAUUUUAUUCUUUUUGAUUUUUUUGUAAAUAUACAGACACUGCAUGCUGUUUGAUCUAAAAGAAUAAUUUGAUACAAAUAGUAAAGUUACAGAUCACAGAAUGACAACAAUAUUUUAUUAAAUACAUGUACAGCUGAUAUUAAGAAACCAUUUUUAAAGAAGUUGAAAGAAAUGCCAAACAUUGUUAAAAAGUGAAGUGAGUGUUGAUUUCCUCUUGAAUAUCUUAAGGAUACUUGAUCGCUUUAGUUUAAGAUUGAAAUAUAUUUCACAGAUUGGAACACCAUAAUUUAUGUAAUAUUUCUACGAGUUGGCAGCCACAAGAGAGCAUGUAAAUUAUGGUGUCCACAAGUGAAAUAUUUACACAUCUUAUACUGAAACAAACAUUUUUUUCUUUUUAUUGUAUAUAAUGUUAUGGUCUUAAUUAAAAUAUAUAUCUAUUUACCCGUGCAAUGUUAUGUGCAUUGUGUCACGACAUCACCAUGUUGUGACAUCACGAUUACUUUGUCAAACGAUGUUAUGAAGUUUCCAUGUUUCUGUUACUUAUGUUAAUUAUGAGGGAGUUUACAUAUCUUUUUGUUCAUGUUUGUUCAUGUUUGUAUAUGUAUACAAAAGUAUUUUUGUAAUUAUUUUAUAAUUCGUAUUCUUUAGUGUACCAUUGAAAAAUUAAAAUAUUUUCAGUACUUUGUAACAGUGAAAAUAUUGAUUUUAUUUCAUUGGUGUACUCCAUUGAAAAGCAUUAAAUAACAACUGUUUACUCCCUUCAGGAAAGAAAUUGUUGAAAAUGAUUAAAAAAUUAUAAUAUGCAGGAAGA